AUGGAGAAUCCCGAAGCAGUCUCGCAGAGGCCGCAUUAUCAAAAAUGCGGGCACACACCUUGUAACCGAGACGAAGACACGCGAUGGUUCGUGGUCAACGUCAAGAUACACGGCAAGACCCUGACAAUCACGGUCUGUCCGGAUGAAUUCCAAAACUCUCCCACGAGACUUGAUGAAUUCAAUCAGUACCUUGAAAUGCUGCAAUUAGACUCAGAGGGAGAAUGGCCUUCAGAUGAGGAAGAGGAGGACGACGACGACGAUAUGCACAGAGGCGGCGAAUCUCCCGCGCAACACCCGAUGCUAGACUUGAGUCUGGAUGGUUGUUAUGAGUGGGCCGUCAGGCCCUUUCUGCCAUCGUUGGAGGAAAUUGCCCCGCGACCAAGUGAUGGUGCAACCAUCACCCUGCAGCACUUUUUCAGCGGCGAAAGCUUCGAUGCCAGCCUAAAUGCCGUAGACGAUACCCUGGUCCCAGGCGACAUCCUUGCGAGGGACGAGAUGGAAAAUGUUGUUGGCAACGCGGGAAUUCUGUGGAAGACAACAUGCCCCAUAUUUGCAACAGCAGAGGUGGAAGUUCUCUCGGACGAUCCAACAUACAUCCUCGUUGACGAGCCGAGCAGAGUUCGGGUCCAGGGCAAACAAUUGUUUUUCAAGGCUUUCCAGGAUCCAGACGAUAGCAUUGGGGCCCACGAAGUCCUUACUCUUGAGAAGAUAUUCAAGGCCAGGUUCAACCAGCAAGAGGUGCGCACCUCGCGUCUCUACGGCAUCGUCGAAGACGACAAAUCGCAAGUUAUCGGCCUUUUGUUGCACUAUAUCCAGGUUGACGACACAUUGCACGACAAGGUCAUUGACCUAGGAUCUUCCGGCAGCGAUCUGAAAGAUAAGUGGAAGAGACAGGUGACGGGCACAGUGGAGGCACUCCACAAGGCUGGCAUCGUCUGGGGCGACGUGAAGGCAAGCAAUGUUUUAGUAGAUACCGCUGGGGACGCGUGGGUUACUGACUUUGGAGGCGGUCACACGGAGGGAUGGGUUGACCGUGACAAAGCAGGCACUAUCGAAGGAGAUUUGCAAGGUCUUCGAGCAAUCAGAGAAUUUGUUGACACGGGGAGAGAUCCUGAAAUCAUGGAUUGA